AUGGCACAGAAGGAUGAUUCCCAGAGACUUCUGGAAAGCUUCAACUCUGAUGAAAAAGAGCACACAGUCACAAAAAGUAAAGCAGAACCCUAUACGUCAAAAGAGGAAAUUCUGCUGGAGGAAAGUGAGUCUCCUCUGAAUAGUAACAUCACGGCAUUUGCAUUAAAGGCAAAAGUGAUCUAUCCCAUCAAUCAGAAAUUCAGGCCUUUGGCAGAUGGCUCAUCCAAUCCAUCUUUGCAUGAGAAUCCAAAGCAGACGGUUCUGCCUAAUCAAGUCAUGGAGACAUCUACGUCAGGCAGCCUGGGAUCACUCAGCCAGGGAGACAAAGAAGACUGCAGCUCCUCCACAACUAUUCAUUCCACAACAAGUGAUGAUAGAUUUCAGGCUCGAGCCUUCCUGAAGGUGACCAGCUUCCCUGAAGUGCUAAUAUGUGAGAGUUUUGAUGUUAAGCUGUGCCUUUGCAGUCUUAUUUUAAAAGAUCUCAUGCUUCUGGAUACUGAAAUCAGAAAAGAAAAACAUGUGAUGUUUGUUCAGGUUCUCAAAAUAUACCUCACAGACUUGCGUCAUAAAAAGAAAAUUACUGAUGAUUUGUGCAAGAAGAUCCUUUUAAAUCAGGAAAAUGAUUUUGAAGAACUACAGAAACAACUUGACUCUAGACUACAGAAUACUGAUAUGUCAGGAGCCCAUAAUUCAGAGUACCAAACUCUAGAAGACUUAGAAAGGAAAGAAAGAGAAUAUUCUGAGCACAUAAUAGAUAACAUGGAAGGUUUCUGGAAGCAAACUGACAAAGCCCAGCAAGCUUUUUUGGACCAAUCAAAAUUCUCAAGUGCCAAAGCAACAAAAAUAACAAUGGAUCUGACUGAGAAGAUGAUUGCAGUAGAAAGCUUAUUAAGUGAAUAUCAAGAUUUGCAGGCAAUGGACAUUCAGGAAAGGUUAUUCACCUGGGAGGUUAUGGUAAAAAUGAUCGAUUCACUGAAGUCCUAUAUACCAGAAGAGUGCAAGUGUAGAUUAAAUAUUUUGUCAAAUAUCCUGGACCAUUUAACUGUAAAGAAUAAACUGUCAGUCCGACAAAAGGAAGAACUUCUAACAGAUCUGCACAAGGCCUUCUGGGAUCAGUUAGCACAUUUCAGUAAUGAGUGUAUCCAGCAAAGUAAAGACCUGAUCUUGAAGCAACUGGAGUGCCGUGCAAAGAAGAGGGAAGAGUUCAAAUGCAGACAGAAAGCUGAGCAAGGGGAUCUCCUCAGUAAAACUUUACACAUUGAAGAAAUUAAUAAUUUUCUUAAGACUUACCAUGAGCUGUUAGAGAAGCAUCGGCAAGCACAGUGGGAACUGGAGGAGGAGGAUGACUGCAAGAGCACAGAGGCCAUUGCAGAUCUCUACAAGGAUCUGUACUCUAAAGCUUCCCAUGCCUUAGCAGAACUGGUCACAGAGCUGUUUCUUCAGACCCUGCCUGUUGUGACUGGUCUUUCUGUAACAGAGUGUGAGCAUCUGAAAGAGGAAUGGCAGGAGAGCUUGGCUCCUCAGCUGGAGAAAUGGGAGACCCACCGCCAGAGACACUGGAAGCUUUUCCAGGAACAGCUGUUGCAAGAAAAGAAAAUAUGGUUAAAGGAAUAUGCUCUGUCUGCUGUCAUGCAAAAGCAUCUGUCUGAGAAACAAGAGAAGAUAAUUCAAGGUGUCGUAAGCAGACUAGGAUACAUCAGUGAUGAGUCUGUUAACUAUAUUUUGCAAAAACACCGACUUCUGCUGUGUUCAGUGCUCACAAGGCUGACCCUCCGAAGAGCUGGAAUGGCAGCCCUGGCCCGCAUGAGACUCUCCAGAAAAAAGAGCUUACUUCAAGAACUGAGAGAGCAACAUACCCUGCAGAAAGGAUCCUCCCCCUGCCAAGACGAGGACCAGUGGCAGUUACAGAAGGCGGUGGAGUCCCAUAUUAUGGAAGAGGAGGAGAAGCUCGAGGAAGAAACACAGCAAACCCAUUUAGAAUUUCACCAGCAACUAGUCACAGAAAUUCAAGGAGCUCUUCAGUUUCUUCAGCAGCACAUGGAGCAGAUGAUUGGGCAGACACUGCUGCAGCAUGCCCGACAGGAAGCUGGAAAAAAGAGUUCAGAUGAUGGACAGGACUUCAAGAAGCGACUUGUGGAAGCUGCUGUAGAAAGUGUGUAUGGGACCAGCAAUAAUAUCAAUAGACUGGUGCAAAACUACUAUCAGCAAUUAGGAAGAAUCACAGAAGUCUAUGAAGGAAAAAAGCUUCAACAAUUGAAAUCCUUACAAGCAGAAAGAAGUGAAAGGAACAGACUUAGGAAGAAACAAGAGAAAGAACUGGCAUUGAAAGAAAAGCAGAACAAAGGCCUCCUGAAUGUAUCAUCCACAGUCCAUCAAAGGAUGGUGCUGCAGCAAAUGAAGGUUUUGUCCCAGUUUGAACUGCAGCAGAAAAUUCGUCUGGAGGCUCUGAAACAAAAGCUGCUGGGAUUACAUCACCUGGAAACUGAGUUGGAAAAUCAGCUAAAGGAAGCUGAGCAGGACUUUGUGAGCGAGGUGGCUGCACUGGCCCGAGUUCCAUUGGUGGUGAAAAAGAAGCCUUCAAAAAGGAGCAAGCCAGCAGGGGAAAAAACAAACUCAAAAAUAAAGAACUUUCCAUCACCAGAAUCAGAAGACAAAGAUAAUUCUCAUGAAAACAUUAAAGAGCCCCCUGGAUUGACUUCUGACUUAUGCAGAGAGAGGUUACAGAGUCCACAUGAAGGGGAGACUGAACUGAGGAAAAACUCAAAGAUGCUAAAAAAGAGAAGCAACAGGUAGUAAAAGCAUUUAUAUGAGCUGUCUGAACACA